CACUCCGUCGGAGAGCCUUAAGACAGGUCUGACUUGAAACCCCCAUGCGAUCUAAUUGUGGUCAGAUUCAAGCCUUCCGGUUGUGUUUUUAUACAUUUCCUUUUGGUCGACUCUUGCUUCGCAGCUGACAUGUGAAGCGAACAGCCUCUCGUCGUGGGUGUGGCGAGGGGGUAUCAUGAGAAAGGCAACCAGCCCAGCGCAUCAUCGUCGGGCGCGGGCUGAAAGAAGACGACCCUUGGCAGCCUGCGUGGCGUAGUCACCGGCGCCAAUAGAUCCCUCUCACUCUCGCAGUGGUGGUCUCCCUCAUCUACGGGUACACCAUCCGGCGUGUAGGAUAAAAAGACUCGCACAAAGCCCACGUCUGCCAUGACAGUCUGCGACGUGGUAUUGUACCCUCUCGUGGAAACGUGAAGAUUUGAGCUCCCCGAAGUCUGAUUCAUCUUGUCGCUAGCCCCUUGAAAGAAAGGGCUUGUCCACAUCUGCCCCCCCUCCGACCUUACGAGAUGGCCGUCGCGGAGGAGAUGCCGGCUGCAGUCCUCGUGACGGGAGAUGAGACUGCCAACCCCGACGACAGACUCGGGAUCGUAGCGGAGCAGGCCGACAUCACGCGCCCGACCGGAGCCCAACCAUGCAGCACAAAGACCGGAGACGUGGUGCUCCGCGUCGAAGAAGACGGGGACGAUGUAGCGUCGAAGCCGCAGCGUGACGACGACGCCCCCGACGACGACGACGAUCCCCCGCGAGGACGGUCCACCGCCGGGUCCAGGACGAACUGGCUGCUUCUCCUCGCCAGCUUCUUAACUUCGUACUCCAUGUACACCUUCCAAGAGGGCAUCCCUGAAGAAGACAUGAUCCCCCUAGACCACCUCCUCAAGCGCGCCAUAGGCCCCCUCUGGGACCCCUCCCCGGCCGUCCUCGCCCUCGUCGUCGUCGUCCUCGCCGCGAGCACGUCCGCCGUCGUCUACAGGCAGGGCAUGUCGUGGGUGACGACGAUGGGGCUCGGCAGCGCCUUCAGCCACUUCCCCGUGGGCGUGUGGCGCGAGGGCUGGCGCGAGACGGCGCUGCGCGACACGCCGAUGAGGCUGAUGAUACCGCCGCUGCUACUGCAGCUUAUCAGGACCGUCGGGGCGUGGACCGGGCGGGAUAUCACGAGGGAGCGGUCGAUCCGCGAGGGGCGGGAGGAGAGGAGGGCAGAGGAGAGCGGGGAUCGCGAGGCGUUUGAGAUGAGGGAGGUCGACGGCAGCGGUGGUGAUGGUGGCGGCGGGCUGUUGGAUGAGGAAAGACGCCGUGAGGGAUAUGGUGCGUGUUAGAUGCCGGUUCUAGGGAAGGACCCGGCCUCGGCCUGGUUAUGUGAACCGAUUCCUAGUUUCGCGGCUGUGCCUUGGAGGGAUAACAUACACGGCC